AUGACUUCCCAUGUACUGUUUGUAUUUUUCGUCUUCAUGCUAAUUAACCUAGACAAGUCCCGUCAGUACCGAGGACCACCUAAGACUGGACUGGAGUGGGUGAUUGUUAUCUGGAUUAUUGGGUUCAUUUGUCACAGCAUUCUUACUUUAAUGUCCAUUGGAGCUCGUCGUUACUUCAGUUUCAUUUGGAACUGGUAUGACCUGCUCACUCAUGUUGUCUUCUUAAUGACGUUUCUGUUCUGGGGAAAGGCCUACUUAGAUGUUCAGCACUAUCCCAAUACUGAAGAAAGAAAAGCAUGGCCAAGUUUUGAUGCUACCUUAAUCCACGAAGGGUUGUUGGCUAUCGCUAGUGUCAUGGCAUUUGGUCGCAUACUGUAUUUUUUACAACAAAGUGCAACAAUUGGUCCAUAUCAGAUAUCUCUGGAACGUAUGUCUUUUGACAUUGUAUCAUUCCUGUCGGUAGCAUUUAUUAUAAUAUUGUCUUUUGCUACUGGUAUGACCCGGCUGUACCAGUACUACAAUGGCAUGGUGCAGAUUGAUGAAAAUAAACACAAGAAAGCACAACUGUCUUCUUUUGUUAGGUUUGACUAUUCUGUGAAAACUUUAUUUUGGGCCUUGUUCGGAAUGUCCCCAGUGGAAGCAGCUGACGUAAUCAUAUCUAACCUUGAAACUGGGGGAAAAACCAUCAGACACCAUCUAUUCACAGAAGGAGUUGGUCAUUUUUUGUAUAGUCUGUAUCAUCUCAUCAUCGGUAUUGCUCUUAUCAACGUUCUCAUCGCCAUCCUCACUACAUCUUAUCAGGACGUAGUGGACAAUGCAGAUACAGAAUGGAAGUAUUCCCGUACCCGUUUAUGGCUAAGAUACAUCAACUACCCCUCAACUAUUCCCCCUCCACUGAGCCUUAUCCCACUAGUUGACUUCAUUGGUAACAAAAUUUCUGAACACAGAAAACUGCCACGAGAACAAACUCAGAAUAUACAAUGCUCUCUAAAAAGCGUGGAAACAAAGGAGGAAAGUAAAGGUUGGUGGCAGCCUCAGCCUCUGAUUCAAUCAAAUCAGGAAUACCCCAAAACUUCAGGGCAAAGAAAGGGGCCAGAUUAUGAUCUCAUAGAAGGGAAGAAAGAUGGUGAACUUGGGAUAGAAGAGGCGGAACAGAUCAGAGUGGAGAAAUGA